AUGGCAGUGCCAACAUAAGUGUAUAAUUUAGGGAAUGCUUGCAAAAGGUUUCUGUUCUCGGCAGAGGUGAUUGGGAUGCUCACACUCACAAUAUUUGAAAACGAAUUGACACUCUUUAUUGGAAUUCGGUUGUUGAUAGAGACAAUCGCGGCUGGAUAUUUUUAUCUUCAGUGUAGUGAUUCAGCAGGAGAGCCAGUGGUAGAAUAGGAGGAUCACGAAUUAUCUUAAUUGUCAUUUUCUAGUUUGAGGGGAGAUUAUGAAUAAUUUGAAUCUUAAACACCUGAUAGAAAUGAAUGUUAGGAGUGUAAAAUCAUUCAAUCUUACAGAACAAAGCAUUGUUCUAAGUGCUAGAAAUGCAUACCUAAAUACGAUCAUCAUUGUUUUUGGAUUGGGGGAUGUGUGGGUGAAUUGAAUCAUCGAAUGUAUUGGUUGUUCUUGUUCUUUCAAUGUUUGCUCUGUUUUGAUGGAUUAUGUUAGUUUAAGAAGCAAUUUCCUUACUAUUCAACUUAUGAUGAAGAAUUCGGACACGAUGAAUACGAAUAUUAAUACUUUAUUAUAUUGUUAACUGCAGCAACAUCCUUCGGAUUUGGAAUUUUCACAGGGGCUUUGCUUUUAUAUCACACCAUGUUGAUAUUGACUGGUAAAACUACUUGGGAACACACAAAGAGAGAUAAGAUUUCAUACCUGAAUUUUUAUCCUAGAUAUUAUCAUCCUUAUAAUUUUGGAUUCAUAGAAAAUAUCAAAAUAACAUUUUUUCAUAAAGGCCUUCAAUCUCAUUGGAUACCACCGCCAAAGGAUCAAAUCAAAGAAUAGUGCAAUAUUUUUGAUAAUAAAUAUUACUCCUGUUGUUGA